AUGUCAGUUGUUGGUUCUUUAAUUUUCUGCCUAGAUUGUGGUAACUUACUGGACAAUGCCAGUACUACUAUGGGAUCAGAGAUCGAAUGUUCCCAAUGCCAAGCCAAAUACCCAAAAUCUAAAUACAAAAACUUAAAAGUUAUUACUUCUACAUCUGACGAUGCUUUUCCAUCCACUUUAAGAUCUAAAAGAUCUGUCGUCAAGACUUCCUUGAAAAAAGAUGAAUUAAAAGAAGGUGCUACCAUUAAAGAAAAAUGUCCGAAGUGUGGCAAUGAGGAAAUGCAAUAUCAUACAUUGCAAUUAAGAUCUGCAGAUGAAGGUGCUACAGUAUUUUACACGUGUACAGGAUGCGGCUACAAAUUUAGGACCAAUAAUUAA